GUAAUUACGGCGACACGUGGAUCCAAGAUGGCGGCGGCGAUGGAUUGGUUAUCAUGGUCCAUGCUGCUUUUCUCUCUCAUAUGUGAAUUGAGAGCCUUCUAUGUCCCUGGGGUUGCUCCGAUCAACUUCCACCAGAACGACCCUGUAGAAAUCAAGGCUGUGAAGCUCACCAGUUCUCGAACCCAGCUACCUUAUGAGUACUACUCACUGCCCUUCUGCCAGCCCAGCAAAAUAACCUACAAGGCAGAGAAUCUGGGUUCUCAUGAAUAGUGAGAAGAAAUGCGAGGUUCUGUGCAGCCAGUCCCAUAAGCCCAUGACCCUGACAGUGGAGCAGAGCCGGCUUGUGGCCGAGAGGAUCACAGAGGACUACUAUGUCCACCUCAUUGCUGACAAUCUGCCUGUGGCCACACGGCUGGAGCUCUAUUCCAAUCGCGACAGCGAUGACAAGAAAAAGGAAAAAGAUGUGCAGUUUGAACAUGGCUACCGGCUCGGCUUCAUGGAUGUCAACAAGAUCUACUUGCACAAUCACCUCUCGUUCAUCCUUUACUACCACCGGGAGGACCUGGAAGAGGACCAAGAGCAUACAUAUCGCGUCGUCCGCUUCGAGGUGAUUCCCCAGAGCAUCAGGCUGGAGGACCUCAAAACUGAUGACAAGAGUUCAUGUACCCUGCCUGAGGGCACUAGCUCCUCGCCCCAAGAAAUUGACCCCACCAAGGAGAAUCAGCUGUUCUUCACCUACUCUGUACAUUGGGAGGAAAGUGACAUCAAGUGGGCCUCUCGGUGGGACACUUACCUGACCAUGAGCGAUGUGCAGAUCCACUGGUUCUCCAUUGUCAACUCAGUCGUGGUGGUGUUCUUCCUGUCAGGCAUCCUGAGCAUGAUCAUCAUUCGGACCCUCCGGAAGGACAUCGCCAACUAUAACAAGGAGGAUGACAUUGAGGACACCAUGGAAGAGUCAGGGUGGAAGCUGGUGCAUGGUGACGUCUUCAGGCCACCUCAGUACCCCAUGAUUCUCAGCUCCCUGCUGGGCUCAGGCAUUCAGCUCUUCUGUAUGAUCCUCAUCGUCAUCUUUGUGGCCAUGCUUGGCAUGCUGUCACCCUCCAGCCGGGGGGCUCUCAUGACCACAGCCUGCUUCCUCUUCAUGUUCAUGGGGGUGUUUGGUGGAUUUUCUGCUGGCCGUCUGUAUCGCACUCUAAAAGGCCACCGGUGGAAGAAGGGAGCCUUCUGUACAGCAACAUUAUACCCUGGGGUGGUGUUCGGCAUCUGCUUCGUGUUAAAUUGCUUCAUCUGGGGAAAGCACUCUUCAGGAGCGGUGCCCUUUCCCACCAUGGUGGCUCUGCUGUGCAUGUGGUUCGGGAUCUCCCUGCCCCUCGUCUACUUGGGCUAUUAUUUCGGCUUCCGCAAGCAGCCAUAUGACAACCCUGUGCGUACCAACCAGAUUCCCCGGCAGAUCCCUGAACAGCGGUGGUACAUGAACCGGUUUGUGGGCAUUCUCAUGGCUGGGAUCCUGCCCUUCGGUGCCAUGUUCAUCGAGCUUUUCUUCAUCUUUAGUGCUAUCUGGGAGAAUCAGUUCUAUUACCUCUUUGGCUUCCUGUUCCUCGUCUUCAUCAUCCUGGUGGUAUCCUGUUCCCAAAUCAGCAUCGUCAUGGUUUACUUCCAGCUGUGUGCAGAGGAUUACCGCUGGUGGUGGAGGAACUUCCUAGUCUCCGGGGGAUCUGCGUUCUAUGUCCUGGUCUACGCCAUCUUUUAUUUUGUUAACAAGCUGGACAUUGUCGAGUUCAUCCCCUCUCUCCUCUACUUUGGCUACACGGCUCUCAUGGUCCUGUCCUUCUGGCUGCUCACGGGCACCAUCGGCUUCUAUGCAGCCUACAUGUUUGUCCGCAAGAUCUACGCCGCUGUGAAGAUUGACUGACUGACUGGGAUGGACCAUGGCCAGCCCACUCUGUCCUUGGACAGGAAAGUGACCCCGCGUGGGGACCUGCAGGCACGCAAAAUAAACUAAAUCCUGCUCGUUUGGAAUGUAGCUCCUGGCCCGGUGUUCCUGGAUCCUGGGGCUGUGUUGGGGGUGGGAAGAUCUGUAGAUAAACCUUGCAUUUUUCUUCAUCAUCUUGUUCCAGUUCUGUGUAGGAUGAGCUUUUCUGUGGGUUGUUUUUACUUCAGUGCUAAGAAACUUCCAUCCAGCAGGAACUCUCAGACCUGUUCAUUUCAGGUUUAUUUUUGGUUUCAGGUGUUUUUUAUGUUUUGUUUUAUUUUUCAUACAUUUUGUAACAAGUGGAUCCAG